AUGGGGGUCCCUAUCUUGAAGGUCCUGCUCGCUGGAGUCGAUGUGUCAGUGCUUUUUCUGGUUGUGACCCUGCUGGUGUCGAACUGCAAGGCCAAGCAACACGAAUCGCGAAUAUGGGCGACGGCCUUCCACCUCUUGGCCAUGGUCUGGCUGACUCUUCGCGGAAUGUUCUGGGUGUUGGCCAUCACGACCCGCGAGGAGUGGGAGUCGGCCAUGUUCGGCCUGCUCUACUGGCUUCCGAACCCGCUUCAGUUCGGCUGCUUCUUGCUACUGCCGAUGGCCUACAGCAAGGUGCUGUCCUCGGAGAAUGACUGGAAGGCUAAGAGCCGCGUUGUCGGCCGCGUCUACGUGACGCUCGUGUCGGGCAUGCUCGUCUACAUGGUGGGGUACGCCCUGGUGCAGGUGGUGCGGGAGAGUCGUCAGUUUCAGUGCGUGACGGCGGACAAGGAUUCCAAAGACGCGCCGCAGACGUGCUACAGCAUGGAUACCACCAGCGACGCAUUUCGGGUGCUGACGGGUUUUUGCUUCUUCGCCUUAGCCGCAGGAGUCGCAAGCUACGGGUUCAAGAUGUCGAGGCUGACGGCAUCGCAGAAUAGGGCGCAGCUGAUCUACCAUCCCCGAGCACUGACGGCUCUCAACUGCUUUCUUGUUGCGGUCUUCCUCUCUAAGGGAGCUUACCAGAUAUCCUCAGUCAAGGGGCUGUGGUGUCUUCCGGACAUACCGCUCAAGGGGUCCGAAGACGUUUGCCUGCUGAACUUCUGUGUGUUCAUGCUGUGGGACUACAUUCCGACUGUCUGGCUGCUGCUGGUCAUGGAGGGCACGACUGGAGACCACGUCGGCACGUCGGUGGUAAAGGCCGUUCAUCCCGCAAACUACGGGGACGACCUGCGGAACCUCCCGGACUACGGGGUGUUCCGCGAGAUCAAGGCGGCGGCUGCACGGGAUGCCGCUAGGGCGGAAAGGGCAUGGUCUGGGGCGUCCACCGGACAAUAUUUCUCGUACUCCUCUUGGCUUUCUACCGAGCAAUCUCCGAGAACCACCAGCGGUUUGAGAGACCCCAACCACUUCAAGAAUGUUCCGGGUAUGAUAAAGGUGUCGCGGGAUGAAAUUGUGUCACCACCGCAUCACUGA